AUGGAGACUGCGAGGUUGGUGGAGCAGGGAAGAGAUCACAAGGUCGUUUCGCGUGUUGGGCACGCUAGCAAGGUUGGGUAUCAUGUGAACAAGGCCAUAAAGAAGAGAAAAUGCGGCAAGAAGAUGAAGCAUUCGGUGCCAUCAACGGUUCCAAUUGCACUGCAACAGCUCUUUGUUUCGUGUAGACAAGUUUUCAAAGGCCCUGGAACUGUUCCUUCGCCUCAUGAUGUACACAACUUGUGUAGCAUUCUCGAUAAUAUGAGACCAGAAGAUGUUGGGCUUAGUAGGGAUCUGCAGUUCUUCAAGCCUAAAACUGUGGUCCAAGGGACUCCUAGGGUCACAUAUACAACAAUAUACGAGUGCAGUAAUUUUUCGUUGUGCUGCCUUUUUAUUCCAGCAACUGGUGUUAUCCCACUCCAUAACCAUCCAGAAAUGACUGUUUUCAGUAAGCUUCUAUUAGGGAAGAUGCAUAUUAAAUCAUAUGAUUGGGUUGAUCCUGUCAAUUCAGAUGGCUCCACACCAGCCCCUCAAUUCAGACUGGCAAAGUUGAAAGCUGAUAGCGUCUUCACAUCCCCUUGCAAUACAUCAGUACUAUAUCCAACAGAAGGUGGCAACAUCCAUGCCUUCACAGCCAUUACCCCAUGUGCUGUGCUGGAUGUGCUUGGACCUCCUUACUCUAAAGAAGAUGACCGCGACUGCUCAUAUUACAAAGAUCAUCCCUAUGCUGCUUAUUCAAAUGGAGAGGCAGCAGUAACUGAAGGGAAUGGUGAUUGUUAUGGGUGGUUGGAAGAGAUUGAAAUGCCUGAGAACUCAGAAAUGGAUAAAAUUCCAUACUUAGGUCCACAAGUUACUGAGACGAGUAGCUAG